AACAUGGGAAUCGAAUUGGAAAUAUUAUUAAAUUAGAAAAAAGAAAAGAAAAAUGAGAGUUUGGAAUAAAAGAAAAUCCAAGGUGGAUAAUGAGAAGAAACAUGGUGAUGUGUUGCGAUUCUUGUGGUGAGUUAUUAGUUGAAUAAAAUAGGCGUGUGGGUGUGGCUCUCCCAACUCUAUCUUACAAAUCCAUUCCAACUUAAGCUAUGGCUGCUGCAGGCACAGCUUCUCUCUCUCUCUCUCUUAACACCAACAACUCUAAUCUCUUACACCCUCAAUUUCAGAAAAGCAGUUUCCAAGGGGUGUCAAUUCAAGAAGCGAAGAGGGGUGUGUUGGUUUUAGAGGGAAUUAGCAGUAGAGUGAGAAAAAGGGGUUUUGAGAUAAAUGCAAGAGCUGGCACUGCCAAGAAUAUUGAGGUUGAAGUUGACAAACCAUUGGGCCUCACUCUAGGCCAAAAGCAAGGUGGUGGAGUUGUCAUCACUGCAGUGGAAAAUGGAGGGAAUGCAGCAAGAGCAGGACUGAAAGCUGGGGACCAAGUGCUGUACACGAGCAGCUUCUUCGGUGAUGAGCUUUGGCCUGCUGAUAAGCUUGGAUUUACCAAAACUGCCAUUCAGGCUAAGCCUGAUUCUGUUUAUUUUGUUGUUAGCAGAGGGGCUGAAGUUGAUGUGAAAAGGCUACCUAAGCGUCCUGCUCCGCCUGCAUUUGGGAGAAAACUCACCGACUCCCAAAAGACUCGUGCUACUCACAUUUGCCUUGAUUGUGGAUACAUUUACACCCUGCAGAAGCCCUUUGAUGAUCAACCGGAUGAGUAUGCAUGCCCACAAUGCAGAGCUCCAAAGAAGAGGUUUGCAAGGUAUGAUGUCAACACAGGAAAGGCCAUUGGUGGCGGCGCAGCCAGCUUGCCAAUUGGAGUCAUUGUAGGCCUUCUUGUUGGCGUCGGUGGAGUUGCAGCUUUGCUUCUUUUUGGCCUUCAGUAAUCAUAUAUUCAUCAAUUCACGUGUUAUCUUACUUUAUAGUUGGAACUGCAAUCAAAAUCAGAAAGGUAUAUGUAUAAUUGAACUAUUUAUUUCUUCUCAAUUAUUAUUAGUAAAUGAAAGAUCAAGUUCAUCAUUUAA